AUGAUAAUCCCAGUGCGCUGUUUCACCUGUGGUAAAGUUAUAGGAAAUAAAUGGGAGGCAUACCUUGGCUUAUUGCAAGCAGAAUAUACAGAAGGUGAUGCUCUUGACGCUCUCGGUCUGAAAAGGUAUUGUUGCCGGCGCAUGUUACUCGGACACGUGGAUUUAAUCGAGAAAUUACUUAAUUAUGCACCGCUUGAGAAGUAA